AAGGUUCCAGGAGAGCCUCCAUGGACUUCCUGGUUGCCUAAGGCCAUAAAAGACCCACUUAGGUGGAGUCUAGGUCCUUCAGACUUAUCCUGCUGCCCCGUGAGUCUCCACACCCUUGCAGGCUGACCAGACUUCCAUGUGGUGGUAAGAUUUAUUGCCCACAUUAUGCUUGGAGCCAGCUAUAAACUUGGCCUUCUCCUCUUGUGCCAUCAAGUUAUCUCCUUGGAAGGCCAUCCUGAAGGACAUUAUGUUGCUGCCAUCUAUGAACAUCGGUCAGUACUGAGUCCCGACUCUACAGCCCUUACGGAUCGAGAGUCAGCACUGAGACUGAUGAACCAGAACCUAGAUCUGUAUGAAGAGCAGAUAGUGGCUGCAGCAAAGGAGGGGGUGCAGAUUAUUGUCUUUCCAGAAGAUGGGAUUCAUGGAUUCAACUUCACCAGAGAUUCCAUUUACCCAUUUCUGGACUUUGUUCCAUCUCUCCAGUCUGGGAAGUGGAACCCAUGCCUGGAGCCACAUAGGUUCAGUGAUACGGAGGUCCUCCAGCGCUUGAGUUGUAUGGCCAUCAAGGGCCACAUGUUCCUGGUGGCUAACCUGGGAACCAAACAGCCUUGUAACAGCAGUGACCCACGAUGCCCACCUGAUGGACGAUACCAGUUUAAUACUGACGUCGUGUUCAGCGACAGCGGCACCUUUGUCACCAGCUAUCGCAAGCAAAACCUCUAUUUUGAAUAUGCUUUUGAUACUCCGUCUCAAGUUGAUCACAGCACCUUUGAUACGCCUUUUGCUGGCAAAUUUGGCGUUUUCACUUGCUUUGAUAUAUUGUUCUUUGAACCUGCUGUGAGCCUUGUGAGAGACUAUGGAGUGAAACAUAUCGUGUUUCCGGCCGCAUGGAUGAACCAGCUCCCCCUCCUGGCAAGUAUUGAAAUUCAACAAGCUUUUGCGGUUGCUUUCAAUGUCAACGUUCUGGCAGCAAAUAUCCACCACCCAUCCUUGGGCAUGACAGGCAGUGGCAUACAUACUCCUCGGAAGUCUUUUUGGUAUCAUGAUAUGGAAAGCCUUGAAGGCAAACUGAUCAUAGCCCAGAUACCCAAAAACCCACCGGAGGAUGUAGACCUCCUGUGGAAUGGCACAAGUAGAAUUUAUGAGUCUCACAGAAAAUUCUCAUCAGAAGAUCCUAACUGUGAGAACGAUGCGGAUGUUCACUGUAGUGAGUCCCCUAAAUGGAGCCAAAAGAUGCCACCUUCAUUUCACUCUGAGAUGAUGUAUGACAAUUUCACUUUCGUUCCCGUUUGGGAAAAUCAGGGCAGCCUCCGGGUCUGUGCCAAUUCCCUCUGUUGUUAUUUGGAUUAUCAGAGACACGUUUUAUCCGGUGAUUUAUAUGCUCUUGGGGUCUUUGAUGGUCUUCAUACGGUAAAUGGCCGUUACUAUGUUCAAGUGUGUGCCCUGGUGAAAUGCGGUGGCCUCCAUGUUGAGACCUGUGGACAGGAGAUAUCAAACGCUGCUGAUACUUUCAACUUUCACCUCUGGGGAAAUUUUAGUACCUCCUUUGUGUUUCCUAUACUACUGACUUCUGGAAUGACGCUGGAAUCCCCAGGCCAACUGGGCUGGGAAGGCAACCAUUACUUCAUGAGGAAGAAUCAGUUGUCUUCGGGUUUAGUGACAGCUGCUUUGUAUGGACGCUGGUAUGAGAGGGAUUAGUAGAACCAUCGUCCGUUGGAUGGGUGCUAGGUUUAUCCUCUAGGUCAUAUUCAUCGGUAAAUACGUGGCUGGUGUUCAAAAUGGAAAACAAAAAUCAUCGUCAUUGUUCUGAGCUCAAGGGGACAGAUGGGUACCAGCUGAGUCCUCGGCUGCUGCAGCAUCUAACAAUAUAAGCCACAGGGAUGCAAGAGUCUCCUUUCUGUUCUACCAGGAUGUCAUUUGGCACCGUGGAAAGAAGUAGUAUCCUGGGUAGAUCUCUUUGGUUCCAUUUCUUUUAAACAUAAAUUCCAGAUACAGUCUCAAGUAACUUGUAGUCAAUUUUUAAUGUCCUUUAAAAGCUACUAUUUAAAACCAAAACAAGCACUGUUUUCUCAUGCACAUUCACAAAGCAGCAUUUUGGUUUUUUUUUUUUAAAUCACAUUAUUAGCUGACACACUAAAAAGUAUUUAAAAGCUUAGAAUGUUGCUUAAAGUAAUUAACAAUUGUGGAAUGUGCAGUCUUGGUUUCCAAAGAGCCCCUAUAGACAUCUUCUACACAGACUGAAGUAGAAGUGCAUUGAGAUGCCACACCCAGGGCAACAGCAGCUGUAUCAGAAAUGAGUAUGUAAAACGUUGAAUAAAAAAGAAAACACAGCAUGAUAAGGCUCCCUCACAUCCAAAUGUUUCUCAGGAAGAAGAAUGUAUGAGGAAAGACCUGGCAUCAUGAAAUUUAAAACUUCAUUGUGUCCAGAUAUUAGGAGACACCCUGUUUUUCAAGCUAAGGCCCAGCAAGCAGGCUGUACCCUGAGCUUGGCAUAACAACAAUCCUUUGCGUUCACCCUCUGGAUGAUCUCACCCUCUGGCAAAAUGUAUUGCUUUGACUAGUACCAGGGAUUUAUGAUUUUCAUAUUAGUCAUAACUAUUUUGAUUUGUUGGAGCUUCUCUAUUUCCCAGGGACCUGAGGGACAGAAGCAGCCAAUAUGCUGCAGCAGAAAGCAAUCACUCACACCUCCUAACACCCUGAACAAUUCCUAUACUUUUAACUAAGUGAGCUGAACCAGGUGGUGCACUCCUGUUUCUAUUACACUUACUGUGGUUAUGUACCCCCCUGAACGAUCACAAGGCUCAAUGACCCUUAAGACUUAAGACAAUCAACUUAGGGCCUUUUCCCAGAGGACCCCAAACGCCUGCACGUGUGGGCCUGUCGUGGGAACUGUUUAUUCAAGACCUAAGAAUGACUGUGCUGGAUCCUGCCUUUUUGUGGUUUUCAGGGUUAAAAACCCUACCCCCCACUACAAGCCACAAGCCCUCCUUCCCAAGAGGACUUUGGUUUGCAAACCUGUUUUUCUCACUUUGAAAUUAAACUUCUGUUUGAUUCCUCAA